AUUCAUUUCAAUCAUGUUUGGGUGGAACAAGAACAAGGACAAGAAGGACAAGGACGAAGGAUCGUCCAAGCCAGCACCUGCGCCCGUGUCCACCGCACCGCAAGCACACCCAGCUGCUGCUGCUAAUGCUGCUAAUGCAACUGCCUCUGCUACCCCACCGGCGGCGCCAGCGUCAAGCAAUCCUCCCUCGGCAGCCUCUGCUGCAAAGUCCAGCACCACCACCACUGCAGACAGCGAUGCAUCCGAGUCAAGCCUGCUGAGCACAUACGCAUCGAAUAUCGCCAAGCCCGGCUCGCAAAAACGCGUUGGCAACUCGCACUCGGGCAGCGUGACCAACAUUGCCGCUCCAGAGCCCACUCACCAGGCCGUCACACCCCAGUCCGCUGGAUCAACUGAAAACAUUGCUGCUGCUGCUGCUACUACUGCGCCCACCAAUCUCAGCGUCUCCACCUCGCAACUCAGCGGUCCGCGCGGUCCGUCCCCCGUGAACGAUCCUCCGUCGGGUGGCAGCAGCCUGCAGAUUGUCGCGCCGGCCCUGUCUGCGUCGACAUCGGCCUUGAAUUCGAGCACCCCGUCACCCACGCCACACGUAGACUCGCCAACACGACGAACAUCGCUCGCAGCCUUGAGUGUGCACUCGACCUCCUCCUCCAGCACAAUGCCCAGCUCCUCCUCCUCGGCGAGCGCAACCCCACGCUCAAGCUCAAAGCAAAACAUUGGCACCAUUGGUCGACUGUUUGGCAAGCAGAUGAAAGGCGGCGUUGGCAGCGACGACGCCGUCCACUUGCCCGACGCCAGCAACGAGACGCAGGCGCUCGAGCAAAAGCUGUUUUCGAUUGCUCUCUUUAUUGGUGCCAACUCGGACGCCAAGAACGAGCUCACGGCGUACAAGGACCGUCACUGGACAGAAUACAUGGCCAAGGCCAACAUUGAGAACAUGUCGAAGAAGGAGAAGAAGCAGCAGGAGGUCAUCUGGGAGUUGUUUGUCUCCGAGCUCAGCUACAUUGAUCAUUUGCUCAUCAUGAAGGAAAUCUUCCUCACUGCACUGCGCGAGCUGCAAGAGGAUGGCUACUGCCGCGAAAUUGACGAGCAGCGUCUGUUCUUCAACAUUGAAGAGUUGUUGAAGGUCAACUCUGCCUUUGCGUCGCAAAUGCGUCCUUCCGAUAACAAGAAGCUUGAGACGACAGAAGGACCGAUUACCAUUACCAAGAUGGCCGGUGCUUUUGCCAAGUAUCACGAGAAAUUCGAGCCCUACAAUGCCUACUGCGUGCACUACGCCAAGUCGGUCGAGUAUUUGCGCACAUUGGAAGAAGAUCCCAAGUUUGACAUGCUCCGAAAGUGGUGCGAGCAACGCCCGCGAUGCCGCAAGCUCAAACUGACAGACAUUCUUGUGGAGCCGUUGCAGCGCAUCAUUCGCUAUCCGCUGCUACUGCGCGAGGUGGCCAAGGCAACGAGUGAAGAGCCGGAAAACCUGGCAGCCGUGAACGCCAUUAUCGACAACGUCUCUGUAUUUGUGGGGAAUAUCAACAAGCUUGUCCGAUAUGGUGAAAAUACCGAGAAGGUUGCUGCUCUGCAGUCCAAGAUCGAGUGGCCUGUCUUCCCGGAGGAUGUUCCAGACGUUCCUCAAUUGAAGGACGUUCUGACGGAGCGGCUAGUGCCAGAUCUGACUGCCGGCGAGCGCCUCAUGCUUCACUCUGGCAAAUUGAUGCGAUGGAGCAGCAGUAAAUCGCCGUCCGAAGUGGAGGUCUUCCUUUUCCAGGACAUGUUGCUGAUUACACGGUUCAAGAAGAAGCGCUAUGUUGUCUCUGCACCACCAAUCCAUGUCGAUUCCGUCAUCGUCAAGGAGAUUCCGGAAGGUGCAGGCGGCCUGAAGAGCGCAUUCUCUCUUAUUGUUGUUGAUCCUGUUGGCGUCCCCACGCAAGUUUAUACGCUGAUUGCCGAUGGCGAAAGUGGACGAAAACUGUGGCUAUCACAUCUCUUCUCUGUCGUCUCUCCCAAGUUGAACAAUAGCGAGGCCAUUGCUAGUGCCAUUGCCGAGGCUGAGAAGCAACAAUCUCAACCAGCCGUUUAACCAAUCGUCACCGGUCAUGCUCAUUUCACUUUCUCGUCAUUUCGUUUUUUUUUGCUUGUUGUGUAUUUGUAACGUGAAGGCGGUCGGGGACUCGUCUGCGUUGUUGUUUUGCGUUCUGAUUGUCCAUUGUUUUUUUUUUUUUUCAAAAUUUCUCAGUUCAUUUUCCCGAUAGCC